UGGCUGCUGCUUGUGGCCCUGGGCAGGCGUGAGAAGAGGGGCUAGGGGCUGCCUGUCCUGCCCCCACCCUGCCGGAGCCUCCCUCCCCCUCUACUGAGUCAGGCUUUAGGUUAAUUAUAACUCUGACCUAAGUGCCCUAUGACGCCCGGCGCAGCGGUCCUGCCCGGAGACCCAGCAACCAGGUCCAUGUCUUAGCCAUGAUCCCCGCGGACGUGCCCCUAUCCCACCUGGGCCCCAUGAUCCCCGCGGACGUGCCCCUAUCCCACCUGGGCCCCUCAGUGCUGCUGCUGCUGCAGCUCCUGCUGCCUCCUGCAUCCGCUUUCUUCCCCAACAUCUGGAGCCUCCUGGCUGCCCCCGGCUCCAUCACCCACCAGGACCUGACGGAGGAGGCGGCGCUCAACGUCACCCUGCACCUCUUCCUAGAGCAGCCGCCCCCAGGUCGGCCCCCCCUUCGCCUUGAGGACUUCCUGGGCCGCACCCUCCUUGCCGACGACCUCUUUGCCGCCUACUUUGGACCUGGGUCUCCUUCUCGCCGGUUCCGAGCAGCCUUGGGAGAGGUGUCUCGUGCCAAUGCCGCCCAAGACUUUCUGCCAACUUCCAAGAAUGACCCUGACCUGCACUUUGAUGCCGAGCGGCUGGGCCAGGGCCGCACACGCCUGGUGGAGGCUCUACGGGAGACUGUGGCAGCAGCCAAAGCCCUUGACUAUACCCUGGCUCGCCAGCGCCUGGGAGCUGCGCUUCACGCCCUGCAGGAUUUCUACAGUCACAGCAACUGGGUGGAACUGGGGAAGCAGCAGCCACACCCUCACCUCCUCUGGCCGAGGCAGGAGCUCCGGAGCCUGGCACAAGUGGGCGAUCCUACCUGCUCUGACUGUGAGGAGUUGAGCUGCCCUGGGAACUUGCUGGGCUUCACACUCCUCACCUCUGGCUACUUUGGCACUCAUCCCUCCAAACCUCCAGGGAAAUGUAGCCACGGGGGCCACUUUGACCACAGCAGCUCCCAGCCGCCACGGGGAGGCAUCAACAAGGAUAGCACAUCCCCAGGCUUCUCCCCCCACCACAUGCUGCACCCCCAGGCUGCAAAACUGGCCCUUCUGGCCUCCAUCCAGGCCUUCAACCUCCUACGAAGCCGCCUGGGAGACAUCGGUUUCUCCAGGCUGCUGGACAUCACCCCAGCCUCCAGCCUGAGCUUCGUCCUGGAUACCACAGGCAGUAUGGGUGAGGAGAUCAAUGCUGCCAAGAUCCAGGCCCGUCACAUUGUGGAGCAGCGACGGGGCACCCCCAUGGAGCCCACUCACUAUGUCCUGGUGCCGUUCCAUGAUCCAGGGUUUGGCCCUGUCUUUACAACAAGUGACCCUGACAACUUCUGGCAACAGCUCAAUGAGAUGCAUGCCUUGGGAGGUGGCGAUGAGCCAGAGAUGUGCCUGUCAGCCCUGGAGCUGGCUCUGCUGCACACACCUCCACUCUCAGACAUUUUUGUCUUCACUGACGCCUCCCCUAAGGACGCCUUUCUCACCAACCGGGUGGAGUCUCUGACGCAGGAACGGCGUUGCAGGGUUACGUUCCUGGUAACUGAGGACCCAUCUAGGGCUCAGGGCCGGGCCCGGCGUGAGGUCUUGUCCCCUCUGCGUUUUGAGCCAUACGAGGCAGUGGCUCUGGCCUCAGGAGGAGAAGUGAUUUUCACCGAAGACCAGUAUAUUCGGGAUGUGGCGGCCAUUGUUGGGGACAGUAUAGCUGACCUGGUUACCCUUCCCCUGGAGCCCCGUGUUGUGGUGGCUGAGAGGCCACUUGUGUUCAGAGUGGAUGGACUGCUCCAGAAUGUCACGGUCCGGAUCCAUGGGGAGGUCAGCAGUUUCUGGAUCAGAAACCCUGCAGGGGUCUCCCAGAGCCAGGAGGAAGGUGAGGGGCCUCUAGGUCGCACUCACCGCUUUGGGCGGUUCUGGAUGGUGAGCAUGAAUGACCCUCCACAGUCAGGAACCUGGGAGAUCCAAGUCACAGCCAAGGGUACCCCUCGGGUGAGAGUGCAAGCCCAGACCUCCCUGGACUUCCUCUUCCACUUUGGGAUCCCCAUGGAGGAUGGACCCCACCCUGGCCUCUACCCCCUGACUCAACCAGUUGCAGGUCUCCAGACCCAGCUACUGGUAGAGGUGACAGGGCUGGGCUCCAGAGGAAACCCUGGAGGCCCUCUGCCGCACUUCUCCCACGUGGUCCUCCGAGGGGUCCCGCAAGGUGCUGAACUGGGCCAGGUGCCUCUGGAGCCCAGGGGACCCCCAGAGCGAGGUCUCCUCGCUGCCUCGCUACCGCCCACCCUUCUGUCCACCUCGGGACCCUUCUCCCUGGAGCUGGUUGGCCAGGACGGAGUGGGGCGGGGCCUGCACCGGGCGGCCCCCCAGCCCUGUGCUGUAGUUCCGGUCCUGCUGGAGCUCAGCGGUCCCCCGGGUUUCCUGGCUCCAGGCACCACAGCCCCGCUCAGCCUCCGCAUCGCCAGCUUUUCGGGCCCUCAGGAUCUCCAUCUUAGGACAUCUGCCAAACCCAAUUUCGCCCUCACCUCCAACCUCUCCAGCUAUUCAGAGCCUGUGGCUGAAGCGAGAUGGUGGCAUCCACUCCCCAGGGUUCACCUGGAACAGAACGAGUCCGCCUCGGGGCGCCUGUGGCUGGAGGUACCAGACACAGCCGCCUCUGACUCCGUGGUGAUGGUGACGGUGACUGCAAAGAAUGGAGAACCCAGCACGAUGCCCCCGACCCAUGCCUUCCUCCGGCUCCUGGUGCGGGCCCCUGCCCCGCAGGACCAGCUCCCUGCUCCCGCCUACUCGACUGACCCCGUCCUCAACACCUCCCACCCUGCCUUCCAUUUUUCCACCUUGGUGACUCAGGGAGAAGCUGGGGGAGAGCUGGCGGGCCACCCCUGGUGGAUCACAUUUGGGGUGAUGCUGCUUCUGCUCGGCCUGGGCCCCUGGUGACGCAGCAGCCCCUGGAGGGAAGGGUCUCCAGCACUGUCACCAUCUUGCCCACUGGCGAGAAGAUAGGAGGGGCCUCUGCCUCUCCAGGUGGGAUGAAGUUUUCCUUCUCAUCCACUUGCCUUUUUUCCCCAAGACUGGGAUAGAGGGCAAUGGCUUUCCCACAAUGCACUUUCCCUAGCCCUUGUGGGGGGUAAAAAAAAGACUCAUUUUUGGAGAAAGUUGCUUUCUCUUUCUCUGCAGCAUCUUUAUUCCACUACUUAUUCAUGCUCUCUCCCAAGCUCAGGUGGAGGGGAAGAUAUGUGGGGCAGUGACUAAGACUGGAAGUGGGGAGGGGGGUUCCCCACCUCCUACCCAAAGUGUUAUUUAUAGAAUUGCCUUUAUUGACAUUCUGGAGAUGCUAUUUUAGUUUUGAAAUUCUGGAGAGGCUUCUGUUUUAUUUUUGUAUUUAAAAUUGAAGGACAAUGCCAAUAAACAUGUCU